UGGGGAAGGUUGGCUGGAAACCGCAGGCUGUGGGUGGAACUCUGGAAUCUAUUAAUUUUUAAUAUAUAAGCCCUGCCUCCUUUGUUGCACUUGCAACCAAUGAGAAACUAGAGAAGCAAAUGAGGGAGGUGGGCCCCUUUGGGUGGAUGAGUGAAGUUUGGAAACUUUGGACCGUCAAAAGAAGAAAAAGAAAAAAAGGGGGGGGUAGAGUUCUGCUGUGGUAGUCUACAAGCAGCAAGGAGAGGCAAAGGACUGUCCGGGUGAUAAGGAGGGAAGACACCAUGUCUCACAAAGGAUGCCUCAGUGUCACAAAGUACUUCCUCUUCAUCUUCAAUCUCUUUUUCUUUAUCCUUGGAAGUCUUCUCUUUAGCUUUGGCUUAUGGAUACUUUUUGACCGGAAUAGUUUUGCUUCUGUCCUAGGCUCAUCAUAUUAUGCCCUAAAGGUCUGGUCUUAUAUCUUCUGUGGGGUUGGCAUCCUCACCAUGUUGAUUGGAUUCCUCGGAUGCCUGGGUUCCCUCAAGGAAAUCAAGUGUAUGCUGGGAUUUUACUUCGCCUUCCUGCUGCUUCUCUUUAUUGCUCAAAUCACCAUUGGAAUCCUCAUAUACACACAGAGCAAAUCGCUCAACUCACAGGUCGGUAAAUAUGUAAAACACAUAAUUGCAGACUAUGGGACACAUAGCCCACCCUUGGAUCAGGAUGAGAGCUGGGAUUUUGUGCAAGAGCAGCUACAGUGCUGUGGAUGGAUGACCUACACGGACUGGAUGGAGAACAGCGCAGUCAAAAACUCCUCUUACAGGCUCUAUCCCUGCUCCUGCCGUAAUGGCUCUCAGUCCGGCCAGUCGGAGACCAACAGCACAGCAAGCCUCAAGCUUUCAGACUUCUGCGAAGCUGAGGUACAGUGGCCAGUGCACAAGGAGGGCUGCAUGAACAGCGUCCAGAUCUGGCUCACAAACAAUAUAAUCACCAUUGUGGGGAUCUGCCUUGGGAUUGCUCUCUUGGAGCUUUCCCUCAUGACGCUAUCGAUGUUUCUGUGUAGGACCUUUGGUCCCAACUAUGACAAGCUCACUCGCUAUUCCUAGGAGGUGACUCUCCACUUCCCAGACUUUUAGGGGGCAGCAUCGGAAACCAUCCCUUUCAAUUCAAACAUCCAGCUUCAGGAGUUUAAAAUAGUGUUGGCAGGACUGCAAGGUGCCUUGGAUGGUUCUCUACCUAAUAUUUUCUUGUAGAGAGAUAAGAUUUGUUCUACCUUAUUAUUGGUAAAUGAAACUAAACUUUCAGGAAUUGCAGGCACCAGGAGAAAUGGAAAGUGCAAUACCCUGCAACGCUCUUAAUACAGCUAAACAGGUAAUUUAGCUCUUAGACCACUCUCAAACCCAUAAGUUUAUCCAUUGUUAAAUUUGCUGUCGCAGAGAUCUAGUUGCUACAUUUUCAUAUUACUUUGUCUCUGGAUGUUCAAUUUCUUACGUUCAAGGGUUGAGCCUGCUGCAGCAUAAACUGUGUGGUAGCAAAUAAACCACUGCAAGGAUCCAGCAAAUUACAAAACAUUGUAAUCUUGGAAAGGAAAUGUGUUUUUUUUAAAAAAGGUUUUUUUUAAAACUAUUUUAUUGACCAUUCGAUAAACAUUCUUAAUAGGGUUGCUUUGGUAUGAAUGCUAGAAAUCCUGCCCUAAAUUCUACCAAAACAAAGCUGGUAUUAAAAUGUUUAAAUUUUAAAAAUGGCAAUAUACCUUUGAGUUUAACAACUUUGGCAGUGAAACAAGAAAGGUAGUGAGAUGCUGGAUGAUGAACCAUGUAUUAAGGAGAUGAUGUUCAGAGUGCUUCUAGGGUGCAUGUUUUUCAGUCCAUGUAGGCGUUAAUGCAACAUUCCAAGUCAAGAUAUGGAACAUGUGCCCCCCUCUGAUGUUGCUGGACAAAACUCCCAUCAUCCUUGACCAUUGGCCAUGCUAGCUGGGAAUUGAUGAAAACCUCUGGAGGUCCAUAGUUUUCCCAAUCCUGGAUUUAAGUGCUAGGGAAGGUUUAUACAAAGACAUUCCUAUUGUGUCCAGACCUGCUGUAUGAAAUUUUUGUAAUCUAGUGUUUGCCCUGUUGUAUUGAAGCCCCUAGCCCAGAUGAGAGCACCCUGUGACGCUGCGGAAGUUGGACUCGAACUCCUACUAGCCCCAGCCAGCAUGGCCAAUGUUCAGGGAUGAUAGGAGUUAUAUUCCAGCAAUAUGUGGAGAGCCACAGGUUGUCUGCUCAUGCUGUUGUCAUCUUGACUUGAUUUGACUGGUACAUGCUGAAAAUGCCUUAGGUGAAAAAGUCCCUUUCAAAUUGCAAGAAAAUUUCCUACCUUUGUUCCAAGGCUCUUCACUAAUGCACCACCACAAUUUCCCCCUCCCAUUUUUUAUUUGUAAUUCUAUUAUUGCACAUUUUAAGUGUGUUGGCUUUCCCUUCCUUAAAUGCUUUGUCCAAUUUUUUUUUUAUCACAAGCCCUACAGUCUAACCCCUGCCCCCAGGUAGCUUCUAGUACAGGGGUGGGGAACAUUUGCUCCUCCAGAUGAUGUUGGACUCCAACUCCCAUCAGCCUCAAGUAGCAUAGUCCAUGGUCAGGGAUGAUGGGAGUUGCAAUCCAACAUAUGGACAGCCACAGGUUACCUAUCUGUCCCAGUUAGGAACUACCAGUGACUGUUGUCAGCUUUGGUAAAGGCUUCAUCUACUUCAGUAGCCAGGGACAGGCCAACACCUAAAUUCCCAGGGAGGGAGGAAACCUUUGCUUGUCCUGGAUAUAUGUGAGUGCACAGGGCUGUCUGCCGAUUUAGGAGGGCUCCCGUUUUUGUUGAUGGCCUAACUUGGAGAUGGAAUAGCAAGAACAGGACUCCAAGCAGAUGGGUCUAGCUGCCAUUUUAGUUUUUCACAAUUCCUCAAAUGAAGUGUUGAUUUGAGGCAUUGUGGGAAAUUUAAAAUAGCCGCUAAAGCCACCCACCUGUCCUCUUCGGAGAAGCAAGCCAGAAACACUUUUUUUAAAAAAAAAAAUGGGCCCAGGACAGGUGUUUGUAGUGAGGCAUAUAAGGUCUUGGUAGCUGCCCAAGUAUGUCAGGUUCUGACACCAGGCUUGUAUACACAUGGGUGCUCUUCCUGAGCUUUGGAUGGAGAUAUGUUAGCUGCCUACUCCUCCCCCUGAUCUUGGUAACCAUUUGGAAUAGUUAAGUUCAGCUCAAAGCCAGUGACCAAUUGUUAGUCAUGACUUUGUAUUCUACUCUACUUGGUUAUAGCUGUAAGGUGUCAGGUGGGAAAACCUACUUCUAACUCUUGCUGCAUGUGUGUAUGUAUUUAUAUAUUUGAUAGAGUAGAAUCAUGAGGGAACAUGGGGGAUGUUGGUGGAAUGAGGUACGCAUAAAAAUGUCACCUUCCUCCUUUGCUUGUUCUUUUUUGUUCUUAACGUAUUUGAGGCUAGGGUGUUUUUUUGUACUCUCCCAUUUUGUAAAUAAAAAAUUAUAUCCAUAAA